UAUUAUAUUCCUUUCUUUUGUCGUGACUCGUGAAUACUUUCCUCCAUCAUUCAACGAGCUAAGUUUCUAGCUUGGUCGCGGAUCUCGCUCUCCUCGUCUCUCUGUCCCUGCCUCAUGUCGGAUAGUUGUAACGGUUCCGGAAUUUCCGGUAACACGUCGGGAAGAAACCUCGGCGGGAUACGGGAAGUGGAAGCGAUGCUAGUUGGGGUAGAUCUCGUCUCAGCUGCCAGGCGAAAUAUCGAGUUCUUGAGGAUUGUGGCUGAUACUCGGUGGCUUCAUGAGAAAGCGAGAGUUGUUGAAGCUAUAAGAAGGUACAAUGAGCUGUGGAUGCCGUUGGUUUCUGAUCUGACGGUGGUGGGGUCAACGCCUCCUUUGGUCCUUCCUCCUCUUGAUGUCGAGUGGGUUUGGUUUUGCCACACUUUGAACCCGGUGAGUUACAGGCAAUAUUGCGAGUUAAAGUUCUCAAAACUCAUUGGUAAACCGGCAAUUUUUAAUGAAGGGAACGAAGAGUAUGCAUUGAUGAGAUGCAAAGAAAUUUGGAGUCGUAAAUACCCAUCUGAGCCAUUCGAGAAUGAAACCGAUUUAGAUGUGCGAAUCCCAGCUGUCACAGACGAAGAGCUAUUGGCGGAAGUCACAAAACAUAGAUUCUUGUAUUCCAAGUUUUCAGAGGCAUAUAGGUCUGAAAUUGUGUACUUAAUUGCAGCAAGGCAUAGGUACAAGGGAUUUUUGCAUAUGGUGCAGAGAUUUUCUGAUGAGUGUUCUCGUUUCGUGCCUGCAUCAGACAUCCUACUAAUGUGGCUGACACAUCAGAGCUACCCAACACUAUACGCAGAGGACUUGAAGGAAAUGGAGGGUGAUAUGGGGAAGGUGGUGACUGUGUGGGAAAGUGUGAAGGAAAAAGAGGUAAAAGAGACAAAGAUGUUGUGGGAGACGGCAUUUGAUCAGCCAUAUGAAAAAGCUGGUGGAGAGAUAGCCUUGAAAUCGGAGAUAACUGCCUCAGUCAAAUCGCCAGUUCACUGGGAGGUGUCUGAUACAGAUGUUAACACCAAGUACAAGUCCAUGCUACCUAGGUUUUUACUUGAGGUCUGUUUGUUUGUAAAGCUUAACUUGGCCACGCAACAGAAUGUUAAAUGGGAAUUUCUUCGUCUUAGAAUGUUAAGAGGUCACAAGGAGUUGAAGCUUGAUAAAAGCAUAUCCAACUUCCACUAUGAUUCUUGGCAAAAGUCUUGGAAUCUCUGUUGUGAGUUUGGAACCAAGGGAGUCGUACUUGAGAUUUUUCGCCAAGGUGGCCACUGUUUUAAAGGAAGUAGCCUGCAAGGGACUGUUACAUUCCAUUGGAAUGAAUUAUUGAGAGCACCCUCUCAAACUUUGGAACGAGAAGUCUCUCAACAAGUUAGAAUUGUUGCUUCAAUUACUCCACCAGUUCAAGCACCAUACUUGUUGAAAUGUGUCCCUGACAGAGUCACAGAUGAUUCAGGUGCAAUGAUAUCCGACUUGAUUCUCAGAAUGAAUAGGUAUCGGCCUCAAGAAGGCCGUUGGUUGUCAAAAACUGUUCUUGAUCAUGCAAGAAGAGAGUGUUUUGUUGUGCGAAUGAGGGUUGGAGGAGGGUUUUGGAGAAGAGGAGGUGAAACUCCCUCACCUGUGAAAUGGGAGGAUAGGAUUAUAGAGAUACGUGAAGGUUCAUGGUCUUAUGUUGCUGGUUCCAUUGGUAGAGCUCCUGAGAAAGUGAUUGCAACGGCAACACCAAAAGAACCACCAGAACAAUGGAAAGCUGCAUGGAACUUUUCAACAGGAGAUGAACUAAUGAUUGGGUGGGAAUCAUCUACAUCUAUAUCAAGCCUGUGUUUCUACCUGGGAAAUCAAGCAUCUCCUGAAUCCUCAGUGAAGCUACUGAAAGGGCGAAAAAUGCAUUAUCAGGUGAAGAACAUCAAGUCAGAGAGCAAAGACGAAGAAAUCCAAAAUCAAAAUGAGGAAGACGAAGAUGGAGAGGAAGAUGAAGAGGAGGAAGGGUUUGUAACGAUUGUUAGGUUCACGGAGGAAAACCCAACUGGAAAAGCAACGGCUCUUUUAAAUUGGAAGCUAUUGGUGGCUGAAUUGUUGGCUGAAGAGGAUGCAGCAUUGGCCCUUCUUCUGUGUCUUUCGAUACUCAUAAGUGUAUCGAAGAUGAAAAAGGAAGAUCUGGGGUGCUUGUUAACCAGGAGAAGAUUAAAGGAGGCAAAGCUUGGAGCUAGAGAUUGGGGUUCUGUAACACUUCAUCCUUCUUCAUAUUCCUCCUCUAUUUCUUCACCUCAUCUUCAACCUUGGUACUGGAAUGCCAAGGCAGUACUGAUGGGAACAGAUGGAGCUGAUCUCAUCACAAGGCAACCAGCUCUGAAUUACUCACCUGUGGAAGGUAGUGAUGACUUGUACAAGCGAGGGAUUUUAAAAUGAGACGAUGAAUUUAUAUUUUGUUUGUGUCAGUAAUUUUUACAUUAAUGAAUAAAAUCCAUACAGAUUCUUGCAUUGAUUUGCAUGCAA